UACGACAGCCGUAUUUUGUCACUACCUAAACAAGAUGGCGUCUGGCAGUGGGUCCAGCAAGAACGACUUCCGUCGGAAGUGGGACAAAGACGAGUAUGAAAACCUCGCUCAGAAACGAUUGGCUGAGGAGAGAGACAGAGAGCGGCGAGAUGGGAAAACGGCUCCUCCGGUCAAGCGGGACCUCCUGCGUCACAGAGACUAUAAGGUGGAUCUGGAGUCCAAACUGGGGAAGACCAUCGUCAUCACAAAGACCACCCCCCAGGCUGAGAUGGGCGGUUAUUAUUGUAAUGUCUGUGACUGCGUCGUGAAAGACUCCAUCAACUUCCUGGAUCACAUCAACGGAAAGAAACACCAGAGGAACCUGGGCAUGUCGAUGCGAGUCGAGCGCUCGUCUCUGGAUCAGGUGAAGAAACGUUUUGAGGUGAACAAGAAGAAGAUGGAGGAGAAGCAGAAGGAGUACGACUUUGAGGAGCGCAUGAAGGAGCUGCGAGAGGAGGAGGAGAAGGCGAAGGCCUACAAGAAGGAGAAGCAGAAGGAGAGGAAGCGUCGGGCGGAGGACGACGUGGACUUCGAGGAGGACGACGAGAUGGCGGCCGUGAUGGGUUUCUCGGGCUUCGGCUCGUCCAAGAAGAGUCACUGACGCUCCGCGGCUCGACUCCACCGCGAGGACCACCGUGAACCGGGACAGGAAGCUGGUUUUAGCCGCACCCCCUCAGUCAGUUGGAGUUUGAGACCAGAACGAGACUCUUAAGACGGGCAGGAGGAGUCCUGCUGCGGCCUGCGCUCACGACUCCACAGACCUGGUUCAGACUUUGAGACCUGAAAUAUUCCUUCUUUUCCUCUGCAGCCAGGCUCUUAUUUUGGUAGUUUCACCCCUCAGUCUGUCACUUCUGAUAAGAAUAAUAAUUCAGCAGCUUCCUGCCGUGAAACUGAAGCUGAACGUCCUGCGAGUGUGUGUUGGCAGCAGGUCACAGGUGAGACGGGAAGUCUGUGUUUUCUGUCUGCAGUGAAGCUUCUGAGUGAAACGUUGUCAGAAAUGACGGACAGACGGACAAACGUGAGACCAAAGACAGUUUCCUUUCAGUUGGUGAGAAGUUUCAGGUCCUCCACGAGAAGAAGCUGUUUGACUUUUCAUCAUUUCUCCUAAAUACAAGAAUAAGUUUGAAAGAGUCAAAAGUUUCCAGACAGUGAUUCUCAGUUUUAGCUUUUAGUUAUUUAAAGCUGCAUUUUGAACUGGAUGAUUUCUGAUGUGAAGAACUGGAUGAUGAAUAUCAAGAAACUGAAUUUGAACUUGUUAAAUGUUGGUUUUUGUGCUCAGGAGGAAAGAAAAGCUCAAACAGCUUCAGUAGUUUUAAUGUUGUCAGAACUUGUUCGUUGUAUCAGGAUAAAUUCAGAUUUUAAUAAACACUUUUUCUUUCUAA